AAUCGAGGGAAAUGCAGGCCCUGCGCUGUGAGCCGGUUUGCACCAAAGGAGGGCGGGCUCGCCCCUUCCUUGUAAAACACCUCGGAAUGGUAAAAACGCCGGUUAUCCACAAGCAUGAGGUUCCUCCUUUAAUUAUAAGCCUCCUAUUCAAGGAUGUCAAGGCACUUUGCAGACCUGAGGUGCUAUUAGUGUAUUGUUUCACAUCUCUGCUAUGCACCUGCCUCAAUUAGAAACAAGACUGCUGUUUAACAAUAGUGAGUCUGCCAGGAUGCGCCUGCGGACGUGUAUUUAGUCCUUCCUGAGGUUUGAAAUCAUUAUGGCAGCCUUGCAGAGAAAUGGGGGCUAACACAAUUCCCACUAAACAACUUUUCACAAAUGCUGUCACCAAAGUCUUAAGAAGGAAAACAAUCAAGAUAGUACACACCUUUUUUUCUUUUUUUAAAAAGGGAUGUACUAUCUUGAUUGUUUUGGCUUUUUUUAAAAAAAAAAAAAGCUUAGGAAAAUGUGAAGGCACCCAUCCAGUGGCAAAUAUCUUAGAAAAGUUCCUUCUUGAACACCUGAAAGACAAUGCUGUUUCCCAAGUAAAACUAUUCACUACAAGGGAGAAGUACAAAACUUGUAGGUGUCCACAUCACAUUUGGUUGGGGAAAAAAAUAAAUCACUCCAAGGAUGAAUCUUCGUGCCCAGUGUUGCGGGACUGGAAAUUUAUGUUGUGUGAGUUAUAAUCAAGAUUUUCUAUUUUCAACGGGACUGAAUGUCUUGCUCUUCUCGAGAAAGGGAACAGGGAAAGAUGUAAACAAGUGAGCUGAGAGUCUGUUGUGGGGUGGAAGAGGCACCCCAGGGUCAUGGCUCAGCCAGGAAUAUCGCAGAGCAACUGGGCAGUGAUGAAACAGCAAUCAGCACCCUCUGGUCUGGAAAACAGCUUUAAAAAACCAUGCGACUACAGUGUGGAGGCUGCUUCCUGCAAUGGCACAUACCAGGACUCACAUAACAAGCCCGUGGCUCAGCACCUCUCUCCUCUGAUGAUAGGAAAAGGGCAGAGUUACAAUUUCCUGUUACUCCUCAUGUGAACCUCUGCGCUGGUUACUCAUCCCAAUGGAACCAUUUUAAUACACUGUAUGUGACAAAUUCUGGCCCAGGUCAGCAUGUUCAUCUGUAGCUCCUGAUCUGAGCCACUCCCAGGCCUUUAGUCACGCUAGAUUUUGUGUUAGUCACCUUAUAUUUUGGGAGGAAAAGUCACUGAGGUGAAACUGGAGACGACAAACUGAAACCCAGCCUGGGCAGUUUGCAGAAUGGAUUCAUUCGCCUUCAGCGUGGGGUACGGCCAGCAGCAGUGGCAGGUUUCAGCCCACAUGGUCUGUCCUUUUCUAAGAACAGUUAACUGCACUAAACUGAAAGCCAGAACAUAUUUUAGGAGCUUGUUAGCAAUCAGUUCACCCAAAUGACCUCCUCCCAAAAAGUAGUUCCAGUGAGAAAACAAGUGCUGCUUUCCUGCCCUGCUGAAAAACCUCACCCCAGAAACCACAUGCUAAAUCAGCUCAGGCGCAGCAGAGAGAACAGGAACAAAGAGAGCUCCUUCACUGCAGUGCAGCUUGGAUCAGAUCCAAGAGACUCCCAGGCAGGAGGGCCCCCCCCAUGUACGUUGCAGCAACGCGCCUGCGCGCAGCCCCCUCCGCGCCCAAAUCUGCCCCCGCCGGGCGGCUCCACCCUAGCAACAGCGCUGACCUCACAGCGCACCAAUCAGCGCCAAGCAGCACCCGAAUCUUCCAGAGCUUUCCUGACAGCCGCCCCCCCGACCUUCUCCACCUUCCCCCCCGGAUCAACCAAUCAGCGCCACUGUCCUCGCUUCUGCGCCAAUCAACGCCGGACUUCCCGGUCUUUCUACCAACUGCUUCACCGCGCCUUCAGAUCCAUCCGCGCCCUCGGAAAUUUCCAGAUUUUUAAGUUUUGGAGGACCCACACUAAGACAUCAGGGUCCUCUUUUCUCCUAGAGAGGGACUGGAGAGGGAAAAAGGCGAGUAAUUUUUGUAACAGUGGUCUUUUUGCUUGGGACUACUUUGGGAGGCGGAUGGGCACGUCAGUUUAGAUGGGCGGGGCUUGCUGCCUGGAACCCUAUAAAUACG